AUGACGGAUCUGAAUGCGACCGAGAACGAAAGGGAAGCAAACCCGAGUGCUUCCGACGUAUUACGAGCUGCUGCACAUCAGUUAAUUGAUGACCUUGUGCAGAAUCCCACGGGUCGCCAGCGUAAUUUCAAUGAAGGGGGUUGUACUGUUGAGCAAUUCAAUCUGGCGUAUGCCACAUUCAAGCUUACUGGGGAAGCGAAGAGGUGGUGGAUCUCUGAAAGAUCUAUCAGGGAAGCAGAGGGGACAGAGAUAGUCAGUUGGCUGCACUUCAAGCAGACCUUUCUUGGGCACUUCUUCCCUAGCUCUUUCCGUGAGGACAAGGCUAUGGAAUUUGCCACCUUGGUUCAGGGAACCAUGACGGUACAUCAGUAUGCUGCUAGGUUUACUGAGUUAUCCCGUUUUGCUACUUAUUUGAUUCCCGAUGAGGAAAAGAAGGCACGCAAAUUUGAGCAAGGACUGAAUGAGAAACUGUAUGUGCGUGUGGUGGGCUUCCAGAUUCGGAACUUCUCAGAAUUGGUGGAUAAAGCAACAGUUUUUGAAAGAACCCUUCAAAGAAGCGUUGCAAUGCAUGAACAGAGGAAAAUGACUACUCCUACUGGGUACCAGUCGGGCAUGGAUUAG